AUGUCUGGAAGCGCCCAAGGAUUGUUGCAGCCUCAGAUUUUUGAGAGCUUGCAAAAGAAGAUUGAUGAAGAGACCGAAGUCAGAGAAGUAAGCACCCCGACUGAAUUUUAUACAAUCUUCAUGAGCUAUGUACUGAUCAAUUCUCAANNGUCCAUCCGCGAGAUCGUGCAAACUCUUGAGAAGCAAGGUCAAUAUCCUGUCACCAAACUCCCAAGAUAUCCUAUGUUGACAAGACCACANGACCGAUCAACCCAGGCGAUCCUCUCCGGCGCACACUCGUCAAGCAACAACGAGNNCGUCAGUGUUACCACCAUCGCUCACGAGGACACUCCUACUAAAAUUGAAUCAGUACCUGCUGUCGUAGCCUCCGCUCAAGAAUCUAUCAGCAAGGAGGUUGAGUCCAUUGCCAAGCUUUCAGAUGCUGCAUCAAAGUAUCCUUAUUACAAGUACAACGGCAUGUGGACAAGACAUGUGCAAGAUGCUUCCUUCUCAAUCCUGCUCUGUGGAUACCUCGGCGGCUUCUCUGGGGUCGGAUCUGGUUCUCAAGAUGGUCGUCUCUUGACCAUUGAGGAGGUCGGCCAAAUCAUGAACAGUAAGGAGACCAAGUUCCCCACUCAACCACAAAAUUUAAUUCCUUACNNAGUCCCCGUCAACGUCAAGGAUAGAGAUGUCUUCCAUCUGACUAUCGAGGAAUACCUUCAAUCGUUGAUCUCUCUGAUCGACGAACUGGCACGUCUUGCUCGCAACAGUGUGACUCAGGGUGACUAUUCGCGUCCUGUCCACAUCGCAAAGUUCAUCAAGCAUGUCCAUGCCGGAUUCCAGAUCUUGAAUCUCAAGAACGAUUCGCUUCGCAAGAGGUCCGAUGGUAUCAAGUACCGUGUCAAGGAGGUCGAAGAUGUUGUGUACGAUCUCAGCCUUAGAGGUCUCACUCCCAAGGAGUAA